UGAGUAUCGAGUGAGGAAGAGUAUCUGAAACUGAAAGCGAAGAAGUAGAGAACAAAGAAAGAGAGAGAGAAUUGAAUGUGAAUGGGGAAUCAGAAGCAGAAGUGGACGCAGGACGAAGAAGAUGCUCUCAUCGCCGGCGUUGAAAAGCACGGCCCCGGAAAGUGGAAGAACAUUCUCAAGGAUCCCCAAUUCGCCCCUUUCCUCACUUCCCGUUCCAACAUCGACCUCAAGGAUAAAUGGCGCAAUUUGAGCGUCAGCAACGGUGCUCAGGGCUCCAAAGAAAAAUCUAGGGUUCCCAAGCUUAAAGCCCUCCCUGCUCCUCCUGCUCCUACCGCCACUCCUCAGAACGCCGCUCCUGCUCUGCAAAACGCAGCAUCUGAUGUCACUCCCCCAGAUGCUUCUCAGAAUGACCAAGAUGCCAAAAACCCUCCAAGGUAUAAUGCAAUGAUUUUUGAAGCUCUAUCAGCGCUGAAAGAUAGUAAUGGAUCUGACAUGAAUGCCAUCAUUAAAUUCAUGGAGCAAAAAAAUCUUCAGGUAAACCAAAAUUUUAGAAGGGCAUUAAGUACAAAGUUGAGGAGGCUUGUUAGUCAAGGGAAACUUGAAAAGGUACAAAAUGGUUACAAGGUGAAAAAGGAAGCCUCCUCGGGGACAAAAUCACCUUCACCAAAACCAAAGGAUGUCCGGCCACCACAACCACAACAGCAAUCCCCAGCUUCUGUCUUAAUGACUAAUGACACAAUAAAGGAAGCUGCGGAUACUGCAGCCUACAGAGUUGCUGAUGCUGAAAGUAAAUCAUAUCUGGCUGCAGAAGCAGUAAAGGAGGCUGAAAAAAUAUCAUUGCUGGUUGAACAUAGUGAUUCAAUGUUACAGCUAGCAAAAGAUAUAUAUGAACAAUGUUCCCGUGGUGAAAUUAUCCUCUUGGCUUAAGAUGGUCUAAGUAAGGUCUAUAAAUAGAUUCGUCCUGAUGUUGGUUUCUAAAUGUAAAAUUUUGUUGAUACAAUGAAAUACUAUUUUAACUUUUAUUUUGGUUGUAUUUUAUCAGAUUCCCUUAAACAUUUGUAUUCCUUAAAAUUGCAUGGAAAGUCAUGUUUAUAGUAAUAUCAUUGGUCCACCAAAUCUGGCCAGAUUUUGGAUCCAAAAUGUAAGCAAUAGAAACUCAUUUAUGUUUUUUUUGGCGAUGUAAUACAGAUCAUUCAUGUCUUGAUUCUUGACUCUA